AUACCCUGAUGAGUUAUAAUCCGUUUUAAUAAUACAGGUCGUUCAAUAGAAUAUAUUUUAUUAUGAUGUAUUAGUGAAUAUUACAAGUGAAACUUCUCAUGAGACAGUCUUUUUUAAGGUCAAUAGUCUGUAAUGCGUAUUGUCCAGUACGAAGGAUAUUUGAUAUUUUUGUGUAAUCUUGAUCUUAGAAACAGAAUGUGUUAAAAUAUUUAAAUUCAGUUCCAUUAGUCUGACGAGAAGCGCAGAGAUGAGAGAUGAGGGAGAUGAGAUAUUUGUCCUUCGAAGAAUGCCAGAAUCGAUUUGACAAUCGAUUCAUAAGCCGUCAUGGCGUACUACCGCUGUGGACCGACUGCUAUCGGCAGCCGCGCGUCGUGGUCGGUGACGACUCCCGAGAGCAAACCCUUCGAGCGUCCUCUCAGCGGGAACUACGACAGGAUCUUCAACGCCUUCGAGAGAACAAACGCCUUCGAGUACGUCAGGAGCACCUUCGAAGGGAAACCAGAAGAGAGGCAUGUUGGACACGGAGACGUAGUGGUUAAUAGGAAGAUGUCCAGUAGCUUUGAACGAGCGGACUGCGCCCUGGCCGCGCAGACGCCUUGCUCUGACGAUGAGGACUUUUAUAGGGAGAAGAUAUUGUACUCGCAAACCAGGCAGCUGUUUCCUCUGCAAGAAGAUUUGGCUGAUUGGAUCAAUAAAACUAUAGGCAUCACCUACCUGAACGGGGAGAACUUCCUGGACGUGUUGGACAACGGCGCGGAACUGUGUCAGCUGGCGGUGGUGAUACACGAGCGAGCGAGGGAAGCGCUCCACCAGGGACUCAUAGUCGGACCGGUGCCAGCGAUCCGCGGGCGCUGCUGGCAGCGAGCAGCUCGUCGCAGUUUCUUCUCACGCGACAACGCGGAGAACUUCAUCACCUUCUGCAGAGAGCUCGGUGUACAUGAGAAUCUGCUGUUCGAGAGCGAUGACCUGGUGUUACACAACCAACCGCGACAAGUCAUCCUGUGUCUACUAGAGGUGGCCCGGCUCGCGACCAGGUUCAACGUGGAACCUCCGGGGCUGGUACAGCUCGAGAAGGAGAUUGCCUUGGAAGAACGCGAUUCCGGACUAGACUCCGCUAUGUCGGGGGCAGCCUGGCAGUUCAGAGACAGCUCACCCUCGCCUAUCAGAGACAAGUCUAAGAAAGAAGACGCUGUUUUAUCGCUAGAACCAAAUGAUUCUCGUCCUUCGCUGCAGGACAACACCGACGCAGAGAGCACGAGAUCCGUGGACACCGAGUCUAGCUCUGAUACCGACGUUCCGCUAAGACCGACCAACGAACUGGACAAGAGGGUACAACUCGUUACGCGUCUGAUGGAGCGAGGAUGCAACUGCGGCUCAGGAAAAUGUUCCAAGCUCCUGAAGGUGAAAAAAGUCGGCGAAGGAAGAUACAACAUCGCUGGAAGGAACGUCUUUAUUAGAUUACUUAAAGGACGCCACAUGAUGGUACGCGUGGGCGGGGGGUGGGACACCCUCGAGCACUUCCUCUCGCGUCAUGAGCCUUGUCAGGUGCGCCUCGUGACGCAGGGCCGGCGUGACGUGCUUCCUGUGCCGCUGCCCCCCUCCCCUUCUCCGGCGCAUUCACACUCACCUAGUCCCUCUCCUCUCCCAGCCUCCGCCGGGCCUUCUCCAGCCCACGCUGGCCCAUCACCUGCACCCAGCAGCACCUCUCUUGCCGGCACCGUCUCUCCCAUCGACAGCAAGGCAUCAUCUAUUAGCGGCAAAACCUCUCCCGUUGAUCCUAAGCUCGAUAAAACUCGAACUCCUGGCAAGCCCGAUAGCGGAAAGUGCUCCCCGCUCCGCCGCACUUCUACACCCAAUAAACCAGUUUCAUCCAGGAACAGAUCUGCCUUGACACUGCCCCUCAAAGAUUCGACCGAAAAGAAGUCCCCAGCACCCCGAGCUAGAAAGCAAUCCGCACCAGCUAGCUUCAGCACUCCGAACACGCCGACCGGAAGGUCCAUCCGGACUCCUCCCGUCGAACUUCGCAAGUCGCUCACUUCAAACACAUUAAUAAACGCACCUAAAAAAUCGAGAAGCAUGAGUCUAGCGAGCGCCCCCAACAAUGAAAGGAAAUCAUUUUGUGGGACGGAUAAACUGAAUCAGUCCAAGAAGACCCGCAGCAUGAGCGGCGCCAGUACCCCCAGUGAGUCGUCGGUGGCGCGCCCCACUCGCAGCCAGAGCCUCGCGUCUACCCCCGUCAAUGGCCCCAAGAAACCUUUGGCCAAUAGCUUCGCUAAGAAGACUCGGAGCAUGAGCCUGGCGACGCCCAUAGAUUUCUCGAAACCGCUCACAAAGAGCGCUUCCAUUGGUGCGACCGGACUCACUCAGGCCGCCAUCGAAGAGAGCAUCCGCUUGUCACUGGAGGCCAGCAUAGCCGACAAUACCUCCCCGAAAAAGCCAUUUUUGCAUAUCAAAGCCAAAUAUCGUAGUCCGCCGCCGCGGGAGGUUCCCCCGAGAUAAGCUCGGACGCUGCAGUUUCUCAUUCCAUUAGUUUAAACUUUUGACAUUAUUAUAAUCUUUAUAUCGGCGCUGGCGCGGGCUGCUGCGGGCUGCCGCUGGAUGUUUCUGGAACCCGACGUAUGUUCGAUCACUAGACGCGAUUAAUCUUUCCGAUAAAGUAUUCACAGAGGGUUAUGUAGAUCUCCUAAGCAUCUCAUAUUUAUCAACCAGUAGCGAGUAGUCUUUAUUAUUUAAUGAACAAUCAGCAAUACUCCAGUCGUGGGGAGACUAGUCAUAAUGAAUUUCUCAUGUAACAUUAAUUGUAAUCAUAACCAUUAUGUAAGUUAAUUAUUAUCUUCCAAUCGCUAUCUAAUGUUUUGUAUUUAAAUUAAUUUUAAGAUUAUGUUUAAGUCCAUACAUUAAACAUUAUUAUGUGAACUGUGUAUGUUGGAAAUUGGUACACAUAUAUUCCUUAGUACUGCGUUCUUGAAUAACUCACAUAUUUGCAUCCAUGUAUCUUCUUCUAUAUCUGAUUCGCUGUGUUGUCAUCAUUUGGGGUAUUUAUUCAUUUAUGUAAAUUUAAUAUUCGAAUAUAACCGGAGCUUAUUGUGUGAUUGAACUGUUACCAUUCGUGGCCUCACACCGGCGACCUCAAUGUGUACAAAUUUGUAAGUUUUAAAGUCACCCAUCAUAAAUAUAUUUUCGUACAAUGGAAUAUAAAUAUUUUUGCACUUAGAUAGACAAGCACUAGAUAGAUUCUGAUAACAUUAUUAUAAAUUAACGAAAUACACCACACCUUGUAAAUCUUAAACUUCACAGUUGACUAGACAAAUCUCAUCUCAUAUUUUUCUCGAGAUGACGAUUCUGUUUCUGAAACUCAGUAAAAUGCUUGUGGCUUUUAUUUCUUACUGUAAAAUUCCACGCAGAGUGAAACUGAGCUUAUGAUACUCCUUCCAAUAUAUACUUCUGACAUACUAUCAUUUUGCAAUAUUGUGCCAACAGUUUUUAUUAUUGUAUUUAAUUGAAAAUAAAUCUUUUGAUAUCGUA